ACUUCGAUUUUUUUUUAGAAAAAUCUUAAGUUUGGAUGGCGACCGACAAUCUUCGCUUCAUGUUGAGAAACGUUAUUGCUUACGGUUGUUCAAUAAACUUAUUAUGAUCAUGUAUGAAAUUUUUUGAAUAGAUGAUUAUUGCAAAGCAAGCACCCUUAAUUUUAGGCAGUCCUUUCAUCGUGUAAAGCAUGACACUUAUUAUUUUAAAGUACAAAUUUAGUUUGCCCCAGUCUGGCGUAAUGUCCCGUUGUGUACCGAUGCAAGAAACUGUUGGGAGGGAGGACUUAAGUACACCUUAAUUUUAAACGUGAGCCUAAAGGUCCUAGAGUGUCAAGUAAAACGUUUUAGCGUUACAACAUAAAAUUUAAUGAAAAAUAAAAGCUUUCAAAAUGAGAGCCGUAUUUCCAGAUAAACUUUCUAAUUAUAAUAUUUAAUUAAAUUGUUCUCGUUAAAUUGUCAACAUUCAUAAAAAGACGGGAUGUCUCCCAGUUGCCGAAAAUCCUCGCGCAAAGCAUUUUUUCUCCAUUUUUUUUAAAUCAGUAAAGAUUUUGUUAUGAUGAGCGCUGCAAAGGAGGUAAUCUUUGCUAUUUUCUUUCCUGUCUUAGAAACGUUCCUAAUGUGUAUGUUCAGCAGCUGUUUGAAUUAUUAAAAUAACUAAGUACAGGAAGUUGAAACUUGGGAAUAAUCGUCUUAAAUCAUUGACUGUGGAUCGUGCAUUUUGACAAAGACAAGUGCAUCUUCUUCCCGACAUGACAUUUCACAGAUCACUAAAUUUUACAGGGGAAAGGAGGAAGAAACGAAGAAUCGUCAUGCUCUUGGUCAUGGCUUUAUAUGUAAUCGUCGUUGAUGCACAAAUUGACUGUGUCCAUGUUGAAUCUCUACAUGAAUAUCCUCGAGCUCCUUCCAUGUCGCUAAACAUUUUGGAAUUUCCGGGUGAGGACGUCCUUCCAAUUGGCUACGACAUAACAAUCAUUUGCACCAGUAACUCUUCAAAGGAGGGAAGUCAUCAGGCUGCUCAACCUUAUUCGAUCCAAUACUAUUACAACGAGAACUACGAUGACUAUAUAAAGGAUUGCGAUGGCAGCGGAGAAUCACUGGUAUGCAAGCUUUUCAUUCAAAAUGCCAGUAAGAGCGAUUCGGGUAAAUAUGAAUGCGUGUCAGAGAAUAGCAUGAGAUGCACGAAGGAUAAACUCACAUUGAAAUUUAAAGGUAAGUCGUGACACUACCCCGUGAUCUGUUGUUGUUAUAAUGGCGUUCUUAUAAUUCAACGAUUAGCAAAGUAUUAGCCAUUAGUGUGCUGAUUAAACGGGUAAAACUACUUCCGUUUUCAGCUAAACAGCAAAUCACUAUAAAGUACGUCGUCGAUGACUGCGCGACGACGAACUGACAGAGACGAACAUGCUCAGUUCCUUGCAAGUGUUAUGAACUGACUUCUAGUCGUCAUCGUCGUCGUCUUCCUCUCAUCGUCGAUGCUUAAGUUCCCUAAUUAAAAGCCCCAGGUUAAAACGUCUUGCUUAAUUUGGAGUCAUUAAAUUUGGGUAAUUGCAUUUUGAAUGUUUUGUCCUGAUGAUUUAUACGAGAUUAGAUCUUAAUUAAGUGUCAUUAACAGUGGAAAGUAUUUUAAAUGCAGACCCAUUACCACCAUAUUUCAAUGUCGAUCUUCCAAGUCAGAGAAACUUUUCCGCGGGAAGUACAGCGAAUCUGAGCUGUCACGCGUCAGGUAUCCCCCGCCCAGUCAUCACGUGGUUCAAGGAUGGUCAUCGCGAGCCAAGCUUUUCUGUGAAGGAAUUUAAAGGUCACUCCAUACUAGCUUUUGACUCUAUUCGCCUGAACGACCAAGGGAAGUACUGGUGCGAGGCAAACAGCACUGAAGGCUGGAA